AUGAUCGGAAUAGCCGAGUUUAAAUACAUUGAAUAUUUCGAUGGAUCCAAAGUUCCAGCUUGCCAUACACUAGCUAACACUUUCUGGUCAGCACUUUACUUCCUCGGCAGUAUUUUGAUAUUUUUUAUAGUUCCUCUACUCCUGCUCUUAGUGCUUUACUGUAUUAUAGCGAAGAACUUGAUAUCUAAUGCAGCUACUUUAGUGUUAAACAAACAUAUUGAUAAUUACUCUAUAAGAGCUAGAAGACAGGUAAUCAUGAUGCUUGGUACUGUAGUACUAAGUUUCUUUCUGUGCCUGAUACCAUUCAGGAUUUUUAUCAUAUGGAUUAUAGUGGUACCAGAGGAAAACGUCUAUAGACUUGGCGUAGAAAAGUACUACAAUAUUCUGUACUUCUGCAGAAUAAUGGUUUAUUUAAACUCUGCUGUGAAUCCAAUAUUAUACAACUUAAUGAGUUCCAAAUUUCGUCAUGGUUUUGUUAUAUGCUCUGAUACAAAACGACAUCUGUUCAGAAGAUCUAGAAAUGGAACUUCCAGUACUACUGCCACCAGAAGUAGUAGUACUUUCAGAAGCAGUCACGACAGCUAUAACUACAGAGUCUGUUACAGGCCUAAAAAUACUAUAAAAAGCUUCAGUGAGUCUCCCGACUCCAAUAAAAGCAACGAUUCACAUUCUGUCAUCUUAAAAGAACCUGUAAGCAAACAAUGUUUAAAAAACAGCAGUAUCGACGAAGAAUUCGAUGAGUUUGAGCUAGAUAACAACUAUCACCCCGACUAUAACGUUUUUACCGAGAAAGUUAUAAUGUAUAGCCAGGAAAGAAGGCGUGAUCUUCCGAAUUUUUUUCAAGAAAAAUGUUGUAGAAGAGAUAACGAGGAACAAAUCGAUCUGCAAGAAAAAUUUGUUAAAAGAAAUGGGAGUCAAGAGGCCGCGAGUUUUGUUUGA